AUUGUUUAUGACAGAAAAGUUAAACAAAAUAUAUUAUAUUAUCCCGCGAAAUCAUAUUUCUACUUGUUUCUUUUUUGCGUGUAAGAUGUAUAUCGUCUGCACUAUAUGUCGUGAUAAUUUUAUACAAUCUGAUGAUAUUGCUGUCACUCGUUGUGGACAUGUAUUUCAUGUUAACUGCUUGUCACGUUGGCUGACGAGGUCAAAUAGUUGUCCAGAAUGCCGUGAAAAAACAUCACAAGAGAAGACACAAAGACUUUAUGUUACAUUCGCAAGUAAUGAAGCCAGCAACACUGACAAUCUGUCCACACAAGAAAGGAUAGACAGUUUGAAAUUUCAAGUUUUGCUCAAUGAGAAAAACAUAAAGUAUUAUACCUCAAAGAAUGAAACCCUGGAAAAACAAAAUGCAGGUCUCAGACAAGAAGUACGAAAAGUAGAAAGUGAGAUCAGUAAAAAGAACUCAACUAUUUAUCUUUUAAAGGAACAGAUGAAAGAUCUCAAAGAAAAAUACACAGAGUAUGAAACUUUAAAACAUAAGUUGUCACAGAAAGAGAAAGAAAUAGAAAAUUUGCAACACAUGAAAAAGUUGUUACAUGGUUCUGUCAUGGAGGCAGAAGAAAUAUUCACAAAAUCUGAUCGUGAUACUUUAGUUACUUAUAUGAAGGCUAUGAAAAGGGACAUGUUUAAAAAUGCAAAACGAUGGGAAUUGUUACAUAAACAUAUUAAAAGAUGUCUGAACACACAAACGGAAGUUGUUGCUCUAGUAGAAGAUCAAUUUAAAAAACCUGAAAUGAUAUAUGAUAAACGUCUGGUAGACAAUGUAACUGACUUAGUAGAUCGAAUUUAUGAAAUGGAAAAGCUGAUAUUGAUCAGUUUAAAAAAAUGUCAAAAUUUUGACGUAAAAAGUCCAACAUGUAAUAGUCCAAAAAAAUUGAAUGAAACUUUCGUCACUGGUUUACAAACAGUAAGGACUGCUCCUAGCAAGGUAGAAAAUAAAGCAGUUACUAGUGCAUGCCAGAACAGAUAUUCGAUCUCUAAAAAAAGAGCAAAAUUAUUAUGAGCAAUGAACAAUGGUGAUAUAUAAAGUAGAGAUGAUCUGGUGAAAGAAUAUGAUAGAAGAUAUAUAAAGAUAAGUAUGCAACCAAAACACAAGUCGAAAUGACAUUUGAGCAACUUAACGUAUCGAAAAUGAAAUUAAUGGUUGAAUUGUGGUCAAUACUUACAAUUAAUUUGGAAUCAUUGGAACAUUUUAUUAGUUUUGUAAUAACAAAAUUUAUCAAAUACUUUUUCUACAAAAUUGAUUGUUGUGGUUGAUUCAAUCAUACAAAUUUAAUCAUUAUUCUCAUAAUAUGUGUAUA